AUGGAAGAAAAUCUAGAGAGUUUUAGUUUUCUACUAGAAAAUCAAUCACUAUUACUCCCUUCACUUCAUCCCCCUCUUCCAAUCAAAGCCAUUGAAAGGUUCUUAGUGGGCGGCAACCGCACCACCACUACCACCACUACCACCACCAUAAAUGCUAAUGUUGCGGUGGACGAUCCACCAACAACCUUUGAUUAUUAUGAAUAUAAUUUACAAAAUUCAACACCAACAUCUCCACCUCAAAGUUAUUAUACUAAUCAUCCUAGCUAUAUAUAUGGUGUAGGCAAUAAUAAUAUUUCCCCUACAAUCACCAUGCAAGACUUUGUCUUUGUUGAUGAAUUAUUUGCAAAUGAAAAUGAUGAUUUGGUUAAAAAUAAUGAAGUUAUUCAUGAAGUGACAAAUGAGGGUUGGAGAUAUAAAGGGAAAAAAUGUAUGACUUGUAUCAAAGGCCAAUGGACUAAGGAAGAAGAUAGACAUCUAACAAGCUUGGUGAAUGCACAUGGAGAACGAAAAUGGGCUAUAAUUGCUCAAAAGAUGAAUGGUAGAGCAGGAAAACAAUGUCGUGAGAGGUGGCAUAAUCAUCUAAGACCUCAAAUAAAGAAGGAUGCAUGGACUGACGAAGAAGAGAGAAUGUUAGUGGCUGCUCAUGAGGAAUUUGGGAAUCGAUGGGCUGAAAUUGCAAAAAGAAUUCCAGGUAGAACUGAAAAUUCAAUCAAAAACCAUUGGAAUGCCACCAAAAGACGACAAAAUUCAAAGAGAAAAAACCAAAAAAAGGUUGAAUCAAAUGCCCUAAAUUACCCUUCUAUCUUGCAACAAUACAUUAAACUAAAAUACCCAAAUAACACCACCACCCAUAACCCAUACACAAAAUCAAAAACAACCACUCCGGCCACCGCGACUGCCUCCGAGACCACCUCCGCAACCUCCACCAUUUACGACGACGUCGAAAACCCUAAUGUCAACUUUUUCCAUGAAAAUUACUCAUUUGAUGCUCUUGAUAUUAUUGAUCACUACCCAUCAACUGAUUUGGAAAGUUUUCAUGGGGAUAAUGAGGUGCAACAAUCAUACGACAUUGUUGUUGAUCAAACAUGUAACAACAAUAAUAAUGUUGAUUUAGAGUUAUUGUUACAUUUGCAUGGGGUUGCUGUAACAACUCAGUUAGGUGAUACGUAUGAUGAUCAAAUGGUGCAAAUUGAGAAUAGUAUGGAGGAGAUGGUACAGAAGACAGAUAUGGAUCUCUACGAGAUGGUUAACGCGUCACUUAAUCGGCUCAAAUGA